AUGAUUGCCCUCGAAGCACCAAGUCAGUUCUUCACGCUGAUGCUGAUCGACCCGACAAAGGAGUUGAAUACUACCACCCCAAACUCCAACGUUCACUGGCUUGUUGUCAACAUCCACGCCGAAAACAUCUCAUCCGGCCAUGUCCUCGUGGAAUACAUGCCCCCAAUGCCACAUGCUACAAAGAACAUGUUUCUGGCGCUACUGUACAAGCAAGCUAACAGAACCGAACAAGUGAAGAACAUCACGGGCUUGUUCGGUCAAAUCUUCACGCUGAUGCUGAUCGACCCGACAAAGGAGUUGAAUACUACCACCCCAAACUCCAACGUUCACUGGCUUGUUGUCAACAUCCACGCCGAAAACAUCUCAUCUGGCGAUGUCCUCGUGGAAUACAUGCCCCCAAUGCCACAUGCUACAAAGAACAUGUUUCUGGCGCUACUGUACAAGCAAGCUAACAGAACCGAACAAGUGAAGAACAUCACGGGCUUGUUCGGUUAUGAUUGCCCUCGAAGCACCAAGUACGAGUAA